AUGGAAUUUACGGUCCCGCCGGCAACACCGGGUUGUCCAUCGACCACCGUGUCUGCCAGACGCGAUCCCACCGCUUGGCACAUUCGCACAGUCACACACGCGGCCCGGUUCCAAGCAGAUCCAUGGCGCCUACGCGGCUGGACUUUACAAGAGGAGAUUUUGGCCCGGCGCCUGGUUGUCUUUGGAGCCGAGGAGAUGCAGUGGCGAUGCAGAACGGCCACUGCCUGCGAGUGUCAUUCCGACGGUUAUGUUUAUAGCCAAUGGCCCGAGCCAUUUUCCGAGGAGGACGAGCAAAUCCCGAGAGAGCAAAGAGAAGAUGAUGUCCUAACUAUAUUCAAGUACUGGCACCAUGAUGUGGUACGCCGGUACGGUGCCCGGCGCCUCACCUACCCCCGGGACAUAUUGCCGUCGCUGUCCGGCAUCGCUCAGCGGGUUGCUCGUGCGACUGGUGGAACAUACGUGGCAGGUAUGUGGCUGGAGACUCUUGUAUAUGAAAUGUGCUGGGAAAAUACCUUUGUCGAAGGCGUGGAAUCGUUUUGCCGCGACUAUACGGCGCCGACGUUCUCGUGGUGUUCUGUGAAUGGACCGCGAGAGAUUGACCGUUGGAUACACUACCAAAAUUUCACUCCCGACGCCGUGGUGGUCGACUUCAAUAUCGAUUUGAGGCAUACCGGUGCCCAGUUUGGCGCCGUAGUCGAUGGAUGCAUAGUCCUUCGUGGCCGACUAGCUCCGGCCUUGAUCGAAUAUAUCGACGGCGAGUACCACAUUGUUCUUGAUAACAACACGCAAGACCAUGAUGGUGCGACUUGCAGGGAAGUACUUGGAUUCUGCCCCGACACGCACAUUCGAGCCGCCCCGGUAGCCACAUCAUCACCAGAAGACCACCAGGACAAAGUAUGGUGCACAGGAGCUCGUGCUGCAGAAGCUCCAAAUGGCGUUGGUACAGCACGAUUAGGUGGUCCCCUCGAGUCUGGUGGAUGUGUGGUGUGGAUGCUACUCUUGGGUACAGUCAUCCGAUACAACGACGAAAAGGAGUUGCAAUGCAUUCUCGUGCUCGGAAAAUCGGUUCGAAGGCCUGGUGCUUAUGAGCGUCUUGGACUUGUCUCCAAUCAAGGCGAUGCCCUGGCGCACCUGAAGCCGAUGAAAAACCGCGGGCGGACAGAAACCAUUACUAUCGUUUAG